AUGCCCCCCAAACGAAAGCGCUCUGACGAGGAGCAGUUUGAAGACGACUCACAGAAACGCUUUGCCUAUCUCAAGCCGCAAGUCCGUCGCGUUCCAGAGAAGACCAUCAAGUCGAAAUGGACCACUCUGCCCGACCCGGUCCAGGACAAGGUCCGGGACUUGUUUCAAUCCUUGGAGCGCCCGGUGAUUAUGCGCCAGCAGAAUGAACGCAAGCGCAUUGAGGCACAAGGCGCGGUACAGGCGGUGGUGCGCAAGUUCGUCGACACCUUUGAGAACCCGAUCGUGGAUCUAAGCAAACGGCUCCCUCGAAUGCCCUUUCCACCCAUUACAAAGGACUCGAACUUUGACUACGAGUCCGCGCUAGACGAACAUCGUACCCUCGAAGCCAACCUUGCCACCAUGAAAGAUAGCAUCGAUCUGCUCAAAGCGGAAGUUGCCAAGGAAGAAGCUCUGCUUGCGAAUGAGAAGAAGUCGCUCGAAGAGAUGGACAAGAACGCCAAGAAAGCAGAAGCCGAGAGGAAGAGGCAAAUGAAAAAUGAACAUCCUGUGCUCCGUAGACUGGAUGAAAUCCCACAGACUCAGGGUUUAAUGGCCGAGUUCAGCCUGGUGGACCUUCGGGUCCACCAGGCCUCCUUGGAUGAGUUGGAUGAUGAUCCAGAGAUACAAGGGCUGAUAAAGCAACUUCACGGUCACCUUCAAUCCAUGCAGGCCAACACUGCACCCCUGGCGGGUCUCAAAGACGCGAUCACUCGAUCGCAAGCCGCGUUAGACCUCUACUCGAUGGCCAAUGACUGA